AUGAGAGAUUUAUUAUUACUGGUCAUUGCCGUUUUGGCAUUGACGGGGAACGCUUUUGCCGAAAUACACGAAAUUCCCACAAAAUGUCCAGAAUCUGCUGGCAAAACCGUACAGCUCGCUCACAAACACGAUUGUACCAAGUUUUACGAGUGUUCCAAUGGACAGAAGCUACUCUCGAAUUGCCCAGAAUUUGCCCCGGGACAGAAGCUACAUUUCGACCCUGAACUUCAAAAUUGUACUUUCCCAUGGGAGGCAAAUUGCGCGUCUAGAGCUCCGGAUUGUUCAAAGGACGAAUUCAUACAACCUCAUUCCACCAACUGUAGUUUAUAUUACAAAUGCGAGAACGGGGAAAAAGUCUUAAAAACGUGUGAGGAAGAACAGCUGUUUUGUUCCGAGUCUCUAGAAUGCGUAGACAAGGAUGCCGCCAAGUGUAAAGUUUACGAUUCGUGUCCAACAGGCAAAUUGUUGGAGGCUGUACUUCUCCCGCAUGAUUGCUAUCGUCAAUCGCUGUAUUACGAAUGUGUCGAUGGACAAUACGAUGUUAGACGGUGCCCAUCGGGCCAUGAAUUCGACGCUGAACGUAGACAAUGUGUGUCUAAUGUCCCCUGUCCUGUAACCGGUACUAAGAGAAUUUCUCAUGAGACGGAUUGCGGUUUGUUUUACGAAUGCGUGGAUGGUGUUAAGGUAGAGAAAGUUUGCGAAGAUGGAUUGUCUUUCGACGAAACCAAGGGUAUAUGUACUUGGCCUCGGAGACACGAAUGUUCAUCGAACUUCAAUCAAACCGACCUUGCUACAUACUUUCUACCUCAUGUAGCGGAGGAAAAAGAUGUUCUAGAUUGUCCACCAGUGGGAUACGGACUUCUCCAUCAUGAAUGCUCUUGCACCAAGUAUUACUAUUGUGAAGAAGGAAAUAAGAUUCUUGCCAUAUGUCCUAAUGGCAUGAUAUAUGAUAAUAGUAAAGGAGUUUGUGACCUACCGAAUGUCGCCAUAUGUUGGAACCAAAAAUAUAUUCAGGAUAGUUAUUUAUAUGAAAAUUGUUAUAAUUCGCCUCAGUGUCCACCCAGUGACUAUCGUCGCUCUUGUGAUGGAAAGUGCUCUGAGAUUUAUUACGAGUGCACGAGCGGUGUCAGAUGCGAUCGGUCGUGUGGCGAAGGAUUAAUUUUCAAUUGCGAAAAGCUACAGUGCGAUAUACCCGAGAACGUUGGCGGCUGCAACGGUGAUCAACCUAUUACCACGACUACGACUACGACAACUACCACUACAACGUGGCGCCCGCCCUAUUGCAUUGAAGGAAACCAAAUGCCUCACGAGUGUAACUGCUAUGCAUAUUACGUAUGUCGCAAGGGAGAAUACCAAUGGAUGAAAUGUCCCUCAGGCGAAAUGUUUGAUUGGGCGGAGAGGAAAUGCAUGUCACAAAACAUUGCUGAAUGUCGCCCCUCUGGAAACAACGGAUGCCAAGGUAGUUGUUCGUCAAGUAGUGACCGGUUGCCCCACAGGGACUGCAACAAGUUUUGUACAUGCGAUCAUGGAACUGCCACAGUUGCAAAUUGUCAAGCCCAUACGUAUUACGACCAGUCCAAAAAAUACUGCGACUGGCCAGAAGCCAUACGGAACUUGCCGGCGCAUUGUGAUCCUACCGAUUGUAGUUUCGGUAAGAAUUAUGUUCCUCAUGACUGUUACUGUGACAGAUAUUAUGAUUGUUCAGGCAAUGGGAAAUUUCUUCAGAUGUGUAAAAGUGGAGAAUACUUUGACUAUGCAGAAGAAAAAUGCGUUGACAAUGUAGCGGUAGGAAAGUGUAUAUCGAGCAAUGUGCCAGCGUUCUGUACUACGAUAUCGGGAGAACGUGGCUCAAAACAUAAAUUUAUCGUCGAACUGUCCGUCUCUAACUGA